CAAACACCAUUAAACACUCCACCAAACACUCCACAAUUUGUCAUUCACCUUCAAUCAAUUACUAUGGAAUCUCGAAUCGAUAUACCAUUUGCCCAGCCCUGGGUAAAUAAUUUUGAUGAUUUAGAAGACUUAGAGUGGCAAUUUGAGAAUAGAAGGGUGUACGAAGAACGAGAGGUGGUUGACGAGGAGAUUCCAGAGGUAAUCACUUUCUUAAUGUAUCCCGAAUACAUUACUAAUAUAUUAAGAUUGGAACUACUACAAUCUCUAGUAGUAUCUCUAGAAAUCCAACACGAGUUACAGAAGUACUCUUUACAGAAGACUUGCCUGAGUAUCCUCAAACAUCUAUCAAUGGUGUAGCGUAUGUGAUUAAUGUAUCAAAUAUGACCAAGGAGCAAAUAGAUCUUCUGUGCCAGAAUGUAAGCACUCCUUAAUGUAUUAAUAAUAUAUACCUAAUGUAUUAUAGGUUCAGUACUGUUAUAAGCGUUCUCACCCAACCAAGGAAUGUCAUUCAAGUAUUUUGAAUGGUGCACAUUGCCAAAGAUUCUCUUACAUAUGUACUGGCGCUACUCAUUGUGAAUAUCUUGACGCUACAAUUCUACAAAUGCAGCAUACAAAAUUAGAAGAUCAAGAUUGGCAACAAAUAAUUGAAAGACGAAAGUCUGUUGCUAUGUCAAACAAGAAGAGAGAAGCAAACAGGUAAUAUAUUAUACUAAUAUUGUUAAUAUAUUAUAAAACUAAAGUCAAUUAUCUAGUUUAUUCUUAGCUGUUCAGCUCCAAUUUCAAACAAACAAAGCUUGCAGAGAUCAGCAAGAUAGUUGUACCUAUCAAUUAUCAUCAUCACCUGUCCCAGUAACUAUACUCCUACAAUGUAUUUCAAAUAUAUUACUAAUAUAUUAGACGAUUUCUGGUGAUUUCCAGCACUGCUUCCGCUGUAUCCAUUCAUCGCCUGGGAAUAAACACUACUUUCGUCCUAUUCCUGCUAGUCUUGUCUCAGAAGUGGAUUUCUUAAGAGAGCGUGCUCUAUCUACUUUUGAGGUAGAGAAAGAGAUAUGUGUAGUAAUUGAGCAGAAUAGUACACGCCGGCAACAUUGUGGUAGAGCUUCUGAAUAAUAUACUCUUAAUGUAUUACUAAUAGAAUAUAGGAAUUGACCAUAUCCAAGGGCGCGGUUUACUUGUUCGACGUAGCUGUGAAGUUAGUUUUCGAUUAUUCCGGCCAUUUAAUCUUCAAGAGUGUCCUUAUAUUAUUUGGACAUCUCAUGGUACUCAUGUCCACCCUCCUCCACCACCCUCACGAACGCCACAAGAGCUUGUAUCUAGCUUGAUAUCUGUUAUCCAGCGGAUUAACGACCCCUCAUUAACCACUGGUAAUAUUUUAUUUAUACACUUUGAAUAUAUUACUAAUAUAUUAUAGCUUCUUUGCUCAAGAAUCCCGAAGUAGCAUCCUUUUGCUCAAGAUUCCAGAAAAAAACAUUAAGUGAGGUACAUAUGAGUCUAGGAAAUUCAGAUAAGCUUAGUUUGAUAUUACGAAAGCAGCAGAUGCUUUUAUAUCCUCAUGGACAACAAAUUGCUGGAUUACAGCAUGAAUAUCAAAUGAACCAUCAAGAUAAGGAAACCUCGGUAAGUAGUCUGUAAAUGUAUUAGGAAUGUAUUACUAAUAUAUAUAUAGAGUAUAUUCAACAUAUCCACGUUGAUACUUCUAAUUUUAUGGCUAUUUGUUGCUUUAAAGAAGCAACAAAAAUCUUAGCUACUCUUGAGUCAUUUGAGGUAGAUAUGAGCUUCAAGCGAGUUCAAAGCUCGGAUAUUAAUGAGGUUGUGUUUGCAGCUUUUAUCCCACAGCUAAAUAAAAGUAGUAUACCUAUAAUAGAUGUGGAAUACAUUACUAAUGUAUUGUUAUUUAGUCAUGACGUUUGUUCGAGUAUAUGUCAACCAGCAAAGCACAGAAAUGUAUACGACGUUAUUUAGAGAGGUUUUCCGUAUUAUUACUUUACAAGUUGGCCACGAGAUAAAGUGGCAACACCUUCAUAAAACUGGUUUUGGGUGUAUUGUUAUGGAUAUGGACUCGAGUCAAAUGAGUGGUAAGAAAUCUAUAUUAUAUUAAGAAUGUAUUACUAACAUGAUAGGUUUUGGACGAUAUCUCGCUGAAGUAGAUGUACUCAAUCGGUCAUGGCAGUGGCAUGUUAAACAGGCUAUAAUCUACUGUACAAUCCACUUUAAAAGAGGGAUUUUACGAGCUGCAGGUACAGGCACUUCUAGUACUGAAUUACAUAAACGCAUGGAGCAGCUUCUCUAUACUAAGUCAAGAGAGGAGUACUUUGAGUUAUGCGAUUUGCUUAUUGGUAAGUAUUUUUAUAAUAUAUUAGGAAUACAUUACUAACGUAUUAGACUCUGAGUAUAGCUCUAAGCAAGUUGUAGACUGGACAAAGCAUAAGCAGCAUGAAUGUAUUGCUUCAGGUAUCAACCCACAUUGCACUGGGAUACAAAAUGAACUAUUCGAACGUACUAGACGACAUACAAAUGCUGUCGAACAAACACAUUUCAAGAGUAAUUCUCUUGGAAAGCGUUUGUCUCUGUUAAAAGCAGUCAAGUAGUAAGUUAAUAUAAAUUAGACUCUAUGUAUUAGAAGUUACUAAAAAUAUAUUAGUGGGGAACUCCUGUAUCGACGUGAUAUGAACCAAUAUAAAGGGAAAGUUGAGCAUGGAGUCAAUCACACAUGGCGAUCUAAUGCAUUAUCUGCUCGAUUUGCAAUAUCUGAGGCCAAGGAAAGUAAGUAUAGUUAUAUAUUAUUCUGAGUAGCUGUGAGAGGCCAGACCUCGAAUAGCUCAAAGGUGUGGUUUCGAAUAUUCAAUUAAGAAGUGCAUGAAGACUACAUACAUGCAAUCUCUUCCUCUAUAUAUAGAGAGAGGAAGAGUUUCUGGAGUCUUCCAAAAAACUGUUUGACAAAUACGUGACGUCAAAAGAAUAGAGUAGAAAAGUGUAGAAAAGGAGAAACCAAUUUAGCAGUGGAGCAAUAGCCAAUGCUGAGCGGGGACUUUGGUCAGUGCUUAGCGAGGGCAUGGCCCGAGCCUCCAUCAUGGGUUCCAACCCUCACAGUAGCAUUGACAAUACAUUACUAAUAUAUUAUAGGACGGAAACGCCGUCAAGAGGAAGCAUUUACUAAUGAAGACAAUAAUGAUAAUAUAGAUUUUUUAUCAAAUGCAUCAUCGUCAGGAUACUCUCGGAGCUCUAGCCGUUCUAGUUCAAGAUCACGAGGGACAAGAAGAGUUAGGUAACUGCUUAAUAUAUUCGCAAUAUAACUAUUCUAAAUACAUUACUAAUAUAUCUAGUCACCGGGCUCAGACGCCUAUACGGCGAGCACUAUCGCAAGCUGCUUUAAAUUCCGAUACUACAAUAUUAGAAGAAAGACAAAGACUACAGCUUCAAGAAGACCAAGCUCGAGUACGACGUUUAGAGCUAGAGAACAGAGAUCUUGAGUUACAAUUAGAAAGGAGAGAGUUGGAACUUAUUGAAUUUAGGAAUAGGAUCAGGGAUCAGAGUUAA